AUGAAGGAAGAAUUAUUAUGUAAAUAAUAUCUAAAAGAAAGGAAGAAUUAAUAGAAAAUCUUUUCUGUAGAAAGAAACAACUUUAGUGAAAUCUCUUUAAGAAAAUUUCUCUAGAAUAAAGGGGAGAAAUAUUUCUUUCUCGUCAUUUUUAUAUAAAUUUCCACAGCUUUCAAACGAUCGUUCUCCUUUUUUGGUAUUCUUGUUUAAAAUUUCAAUUUCAGUUCUGUUUCUAGUAGCAAUGUCGGAUAACCACUGGUGCACGUUCUGAAUGAACUCAUUAUGCAUAGUCCCACGAGCCCAUACACCAUUUCAAUUCAACAGUGCUGUCUAUUCACGAAAUACUACAGCAGCGUCUGAAGUCGUUUCUAGAAGCCCCAAAAGGGUGACUUAAGCGCGACGAAGUGAUGGAAAUAACAAAUAAAAAAGAAUUCCUUUGCAAGGAAAGGUAUCUUGAUCUCUUCAUGCAUUUUAAAAGCUAAGUAAUUCUUUUCUUUCUCGUAAAAAUUUUAUCUUGAUGAAUUCACUGCUUUAUUAAAACACAAAUGCAUUUUUCACGUUUUAAUUUCUCAUAAAAUAGUAAUUUCAAUUCUACCUAUUUAAACAAUUUUAAAUUCAUUUAUUUAACUCGCAGAUGGUAUAAAAAUUUAUGUUAAAUUAUUAAAAUUUAAGAUGUUUAAUUCUAUUUUGCAUUUUAUAUUUUUUCUGAUAGAAAUUGUAAAAUUACUUUAAAUUGAAAAAUUUUUAAACUUUAAAUCCAUAGUUUAAUGAUACCAGUUGCAAGAGUUAAUUAUUUCUGAAUCUCUUUAGAAAAAAAAAAAAAAAAUAGAAAAAUCAUGUUGAAAUUGAUUAAAUGAGGAUCUCUGUUGGAUUCAAAAUGAAUUUCGGUUCAGGAAGUUUCGAAUGUAGAUAGACAGGACACGAUGUCAAGAUUUUUGACAGGGGCACAGAAUAGUGCACGUGUAGAUCGAAACCAGACUCUGCGAUAAUAAACUACAAAUACUAUUUUUAUAAAGGAGUUGUGUUACACAUGUAUCGAUCAAACUAAAAUAUGCCGAGAAAUUUCCAAACAGGCCAUCUCUGAUUUUCUCUUAUAAGAGCUAACAGUAAGUAUUAUACAAAUAAUGCCUAAACUGAUUUUUUUUUUUUUUUUGUAAAAUAUAUUUUAAAUUUUAAACGAAUUUUUAGGCACUUGCGAUUAUUUCAAAUAAUUUUUUAUGCUAAUAAUAAUAUUGUGCUUUGUUUUAAUACGCGGUGAUAUUGAUAAUAAAAUCACAAUACUAUUUAUACACAUAUGAAAUAGAAACUUAUGAUAUAUCUAUCAAGUAAAUUUUUAUGCUAAUAAUUAGAUUGUGGAUUUUUAUUGUAGCAUUUAUCACAACACUAGAAGAUGAAAUAAAUUUCUAUUCAAGAUUUUUCUUUAGUUACGUUCAUUGAAAUACAAAAAUACAUAAAAAUCCGUAGUCUACUAAUAAUAAUGCUACGAUUGGUAAUAAAAUUACAAUACGUGUAAACUAGAUUUAAAUUAUUAUACACAGAACGCGAAGCAGAAAUUUUAACACGAAAUCUUUAUACAACGGAAAAUCCCGAGAAAUGGGAAUGUUUUAUCACUCCGUGGUUUCAUAUUUCUGGCAAGUCCUUCCGUCUUUCAAGAAUGAUAAAACCACACGUUAAGAAAACACUGUUAUCACGUCGAAAUCGACGAUAUUUCAGUAAGCGAAAUAUAAGAUUCUUCCUGUGUGAACUUUUCACAAAUUCAAGGUAACGUGAAAUAUAAUCUUUUAAUAAAUAAAACGAGAAAUAGCAUUUUUCUUUGAUAAUAUUUAUUCUUCUAAUAUAUAUUUAUCUAUCGUACAAACAUAACUAUUCAUUAAAUACAAUUAAAAAUCGUUUGGUUUAAUUAGAACGCUGUUCCAUUUCUCGCUUGAACAAGAGCAGAUACGCGAUAAUGGCCAUGGCUGGCAAUAUCAACGGCUCGGCUGUUGCCCUAAAAUAUCUCUAA